AUGUGGAGACUGAAGAGUCUGAAUUACUUGCAAACAGUUCAUAAGAAUACAGCCAUUAAAAGACAAAAAAUUCCGUCGCAAAGAGCAAACAGUGACGGAGAGCUAAAAACCCUAUAUAAACCUUUAAUUUUUGCUGCUGUGGAGAAAAAAUACGGAAAUUUGAAGUUAAACAUCAAAACUCAGGCAACAGCCUCUGCUCCAAAGUCCACCACCCAGCUUCUCCCUCGCCAACGUCGUUCCCAAAUCCACCGAACCAGAAGUUCACAGAACCAGUUCCUUCUCUCUACCUCCACGACACAGCUCAUCUCCGUUCUUUCACCAACCCGACACUCUCCAUCUCCGUCUCCGUUCUUUCAAGGAGAUCCACAUCUUAGUUGCCUGUCACGCCUUCUCCACCAUCAUUACCAUUCCUUCACCUCCGAGACCUCGCCGCCACAAGCAGCAAAACCAUUCCCUGUCCCUUACUCUCACGCACCUCCUCUCAAAAUCCGACGGUCCCAGAUUCACUUUCACACCCAGAACCUCUCCUUCAACACGACAACCCUCAUUUCUGUUCAAGCCACAGACUUGGCCGUGGAGGAUCGAUUGAAAUCUUUUCUUGCGCAGCUCAAAGCAGAAUGUGGGGUCUUUGAAAGAAUUGUAUACAAAAACAAAAACCAGCACAGAAGAAGCUCUUAUUUUCAGUAUCUGCUGAAGGUGAGAAGAGAUUUGAGGCUUUUGCAAUCAGCCAAAUUGGAUGAGUUGCUGGAUUCCUGCUUUCAUGUUAUCACUGGGAGAAAGCCUCAGCAAAAGUUGCAUUUUCUGGAAAGCUUGAAGUGGAGAAAAGUUGACCGUGGAGUACCUAAUUUUAUGGAGCGACUUCUGGGAGCUGCACGCAUAUUAUCUCAGAUGGUUGAGCCAAUGCUGAAAGCAGCUACUGAGGUAUCCGUUUUGCUUGCACGUUCCUUUUUUAUGGGAUUUUCUCUUACUAUUCUGGCUCUGCUCGCACGCCUCCGGGUUUUGGUUCAGCAAAUAUUACUUGAUGUUGUUUCAGUAUUCAACACGGUCUAUUCUCUCUCCCAGAAGAAGCAGUCUAUAAAAAUAACUAAAGAAGGAAUUGAGGUUUUUAGAGAGUAUUAUCCAACAAAUAAGGAGUUUGUCACUUUAGAGUGCGUAUGGGAUACAGACAAGUUUGUGUUACUUGAGAGAACACAGAAAAGCGAUACAGAAAGUCAAGUUGGGACUCUUGGGGAAGCUUCCAUUGAAACAGCAGCUCUACAGUAUAAGAGCAUCGAGUCUUUCCUUGGAGAUGAUUCUGACUUUGAGGACUUGAAUGAGGGUCCUGCCAAAGACGGAGUGGACAGGAAGGAAGUUGAAGGUGGUGUUGACCUGGGAGAUAACCCAGAUAAUGCAGGAACUCCAGAUGAAAAACUCCCACCAGAAGGUGACAUGCUUCCAAUCUCAAGUUCAUCUCCAAGCUCUAAAACUUUGACACCAAGGUCGAGUUCAGCAUCUGUAGCAUUUGUCUCGGUUAAAAGACCUGCACCCUCAACAGCAGCAUUCAUCUCAGUCAAAAGACCGGUAACCUCAACUUCUAGUACAACGGGUACAGAUCUUCAUUCUGCAGAAUCUGAAAUGGACAGCGGCAACAAAGAGGAAUCAUUUUUCAAUUUGCUCACUGGGGGAAGCCUUAAAGAUAGUCUAUUCUAAAUUUCUGAUGUUUAGAUCAAUCAAAUGGGGUAAUUCCUUUGUUUAAAAAGAUGUUUCACACACAUGCCAAAUUUUGGUUUAGAUUUAUUAAGAGGAGAUUUCAUCUACUUGUA